ACGAUGGGCCUCAGCCAGCAAAAGGUCGGGCACCUGUUUGCGCGGUGCGACUCGGCAGAAGAGACCGAGGAGGUCCUGCAGGCGUACGCCUUUAGCAAGUGGACCAACGGCGGCAACCAGAAGUACGUGCUGCGCAAGCUGCACCUCCUCACGCUGUACCUCCGCGCCAUCAACCUCGGCUCCAAGCUGCGCGACCACUACCAGGCGUUCGCCAUCGUCGCGACCCUCACCAAGACCAACGACGGGCCGAUCGUGCUCCUCCCGAGCACCGUCGUCGGCCUCGAGGCGUGGAACGCCGCGCGCCGCCCCUCGUCGUCGCUCGUCAAGCGCGCCUUUAACCGCCAGGCGAUGCACGUCGUCACGCCCGCGAGCCCGGGCCACAGCAGCAACGCGAGCGACGUCGACCUCGCGCUCGAGGUCGACCGCGAGCGCGGCGCCGGUGCGGGUGGCGGCGCGGGCGAGGGCCCUCAGGGCGGGUUCAGCGGGUGGCUCGCUGCGGGAGGGAGGAGGAGCCGCAGCAAUACGGCGACGGUGACGGCGGUCGUGCUCGCACCGGGCGAGCGCACCGAGCAGCAGCGGCGCGCGGCGGGCGCGGGCAACGGGCUCCUCGGGACGGGCUUGCUCAGCGCCCCGCCGAACUACGACCCGCGCGCCCUCGCCGGGUACGUCGAGAGCAACCCGUCCCUGAGGCUCUCGACGCGCGCCGACUACGACGACCCCGAGGCCGACUCGCUCCCCGACUACUCGUGACGCCCCGCGUCGUCGUCGCCCCUUCUCCCCGUCCACUUUUCCCCCUCCCCUUGUUGCACCCUCCCUCCCUGCCUCGGUCGUUCCCUUGUCGUCCUCUCUCUCUCCCUUUUCUCCCUCGGUCCGCCUCGCCUUCUCUCUCGCGCUCCUGUACUUGUUGCCCCGGCCGAUGGGUGUUCUUUCCUCUCUCUCUCUACUCUCCCCUGUGCAACGCGACUCGGUUCCCUGUG